GUCUGUCUGUCCUGCAGGCUCUAACCUGUCUGUCUGUCCUGCAGGCUCUAACCUGUCUGUCUGUCCUGCAGACUCUAACAUGUCUGUCUGUCCUGCAGGCUAUAAUCUGUCUGUCUGUCCUGCAGGCUCUAACCUGUCUGUCUGUCCUGCAGGCUCUAACCUGUCUGUCUGUCCUGCAGGCUCUAACCUGUCUGUCUGUCCUGCAGACUCUAACCUGUCUGUCUGUCCUGCAGGCUCUAACCUGUCUGUCUGUCCUGCAGGCUCUAACCUGUCUGUCUGUCCUGCAGACUCUAACCUGUCUGUCUGUCCUGCAGGCUCUAACUAACCUGUCUGUCUGUCCUGCAGGCUCUAACCUGUCUGUCUGUCCUGCAGACUCUAACAUGUCUGUCUGUCCUGCAGGCUAUAAUCUGUCUGUCUGUCCUGCAGGCUCUAACCUGUCUGUCUGUCCUGCAGGCUCUAACCUGUCUGUCUGUCCUGCAGGCUCUAACCUGUCUGUCUGUCCUGCAGACUCUAACCUGUCUGUCUGUCCUGCAGGCUCUAACCUGUCUGUCUGUCCUGCAGGCUCUAACCUGUCUGUCUGUCCUGCAGACUCUAACCUGUCUGUCUGUCCUGCAGGCUCUAACCUGUCUGUCUGUCCUGCAGGCUCUAACCUGUCUGUCUGUCCUGCAGACUCUAACAUGUCUGUCUGUCUGUCCUGCAGGCUCUAACAUGUCUGUCUGUCCUGCAGGCUCUAAUCUGUCUGUCUGUCUGUCCUGCAGGCUCUAACCUGUCUGUCUGUCUGUCCUGCAGGCUCUAACCUGUCUGUCUGUCCUGCAGGCUCUAACAUGUCUGUCUGUCCUGCAGGCUCUAAUCUGUCUGUCUGUCCUGCAGGCUCUAACCUGUCUGUCUGUCCUGCAGGCUCUAACCUGUUUGUCUGUCCUGCAGGCUCUAACCUGUUUGUCUGUCCUGCAGGCUCUAACCUGUCUGUCUGUCCUGCAGGCUCUAAUCUGUCUGUCUGUCCUGCAGACUCUAACCUGUCUGUCUGUCUGUCCUGCAGACUCUAACCUGUCUGUCUGUCCUGCAGGCUCUAACCUGUCUGUCUGUCUCCUGUCUCCUAUCUCUCUCUCUCCUCUCCAGGUUACCGUUGUUUCAAGGCGGUGAUGUUCUCUAACCUGUCUCCUGUCUCUCUCUCUCUCCUCUCUAGGUUACCGUUGUUUCAAGGUGGUGAUGUUCUCUAACCUGUCUCCUGUCUCUCUCUCUCUCUCCUGUCCUCUUCUCAGGCUACCGUUGUUUCAAGGCGGUGAUGUUCUCUAACCUGUCUCCUGUCUCUCUCUCUCUCCUCUCAGGCUACCGUUGUUUCAAGGUGGUGAUGUUCUCUAACCUGUCUCCUGUCUCUCUCUCUCUCUCCUGUCCUCUUCUCAGGUUACCAUUGUUUCAAGGCGGUGAUGUUCUCUAACCUGUCUCCUGUCUCUCUCUCUCUCCUCUCAGGCUACCGUUGUUUCAAGGCGGUGAUGUUCUCUAACCUGUCUCCUGUCUCUCUCUCUCUCUCUCUCUCCUGUCCUCCUCUCAGGCUACCGUUGUUUCAAGGCGGUGAUGUUCCUAACAGGCUUGAUGUUUGGCUCCGUCGUCAUCUUUCUGCUGUGUUAUAAGGAGCGUGUCUUGGACACCCAGCUGAGUGUGGAGGCCUCGGUGGGCAUCGGCCUGGGCAUCGGUACCCUCUGUGGCCUGGUCACCAUGCUGGUGCGCUCUGUGGGACUCUUCAUGGUGGGGCUGCUGCUGGGAUUACUGCUGGGUAUCGCCUCACUUGUAAGAAUUAUUUUGAAUAAUAAUAAUAAUAAUAAUAAUAAUAGAUUUAGAUUAGAUUUAGAUCUAUAAAGUUCAGGGUCAUAUUCAUCAAGCAUCUCAGAAUAGGAGUGCUGAUCUAGGAUUAUAUUGUUCCUUAUGAUCUAAAAGGCUAAACUGAUCCUAGAUCACCACUCCUUCUCUGAUAUGCUUUAUGAAUAUGGGCCCUGUUGCCUAGUUUGUGAUAAACGUCCAUAUCCCGUAACCACACAAAUCUAUUUUUUAUACACUCUGUGUACACUGAGUUAACGUGAAUGCAGUGAGUGGACAAAACAUUGGGAACACCUGCUCUUUCCAUGACAUAGUCUGACCAGGUGAAUCCAGGUGAAAGCUAUGAUCCCUUAUUGAUGCCACUUGUUAAAACCACUUCAGUCAGUGUAGAUGAAGGGGGAGGAGACAGGUUAAAGAAGGAUUUUUAAUCCUUGAGACAAUUGAGACAUGGAUUGUGUACGUGUGCCAUUCAGAGGGUGAAUGGGCAAGACAAAAGAUUUAAGUGCCUUUGAACGGGGUAUGGUAGUAGGUGCCAGGUGCACCGGGUUGAGUGUGUCAAGAACUACAACACUGCUGGGUUUUUCACGUUCAACAGUUUCCUGUGUGUUUCAAGAAUGGUCCACCACCCAAAGGACAUCCAGCCAAUUUGACACAACUGUGGGAAGCAUCGGAGUCAACAUGGGCCAGCAUCCCUGUGGAAUGCUUUCGACACCUUGUAGAAUCCAUGCCCCGAUGAAUUGAUGCUGUUCGGAGGGCAAAAGGGGGGUGCAACUCAAUAUUAGGAAGGUGUUCCUAAUAAUAACGUGAAUGUUAUGUUCACGUUAACCCUGCUUGCAUACCAAGUUUCCUUAUGGGGACAAUAAAGUUAAUUUGAUUGAUUGAUUGAUUGAUUGAUUGAAUCCCCAUGCAGGUAGUGAUGGAGGAAUUCCACCACCCCCGGACGGUGUGGCUGCCCCUGGGGGUGUUGUUGGGGUCAGGCAUGCUGUUCGCUGUCCUCACCCUCCAAUGGCAGCGCUUCUUCACCACCCUCUCCACCGCUGUGUUUGGUUCCGCUGUCAUCACCGUCACUGUGGACUACUUCCUCGAGCUGUUCGCUCUGGUCAGGUAUGUUGGUGCUGUAGUUAGUGCUCUCUCCUCUCCUCACCCCUCACCUCCUCACCCCUCACCUCUCCUCACCCCUCACCUCCUCACCCCUCCUCUCCUCACCCCUCACCCCCUCACCCCUCACCCCUCCUCUCCCUCACGCCCCUCCCCCCGCGUCCCUCCCUCACUCCCCCCCUCACCCCUCCUCCUCCGUACCCCUCACCUCCUCACCCCUCCUCUCCUCAUCCCCUCACCCCUCACGCACGCACCACACCCCCUCACCCCUCCUCUCCUCACCCCUCACCCCCUCCCCCUCCUCUCCUCACCUCCUCAACCCUCACCCCGCCCUCAACCCCCUCCUCUCCUCACACCCCUCACCAUCCUCACCUCACCCUCUCCUCUCCUCACCCCUCCACCCCCCUCCUCUCCUCACCCCCCUCCUCACCCCUCACCCCCCACCCCUCCCUCCUCACCCCCUCCCUCCUCACCCUCCCCCUCCACCCCCCUCACCACCUCCUCACCCCUCCCCCUCCCACCCCUCUCCCUCCCCCUCCCCCUCCUCCCCCUCCUCUCCUCACCCCUCUCCCCCCCUCACCCCCCCCUCCUCUCCUCAACCCUCCCGCCCCCCCCCCCCCCCCCCCCCCCCCCCCCCCUCCCCUCACCCUCACCUCCUCACCCUCCCUCCUCACCCCCCUCAACCCCUCACCUCCUCCCCGCUCCCUCCUCACCCAUCACCCUCCUCCCUUCCUCUCCUCACCCCUCACCCCUCUCCCUCUCCUCACCCCCCCUCUCUACCACCCCUCCCUCCUCACCCUUCCUCCUCUCCCCCCCCUCCUCAGCCCUCCCCCUCACCCCCCCUCCUCUCCUCCCCCUUCCUCUCCUCACCCUCCCCCUCACCUCCUCACCCCUCCUCUCCUCACCCUCACCUCCUCACCCCUCCUCUCCUCACCCCUCACCUCCUCACCCCUCACCUCCUCACCCCUCCUCUCCUCACCCCACACCUCUCCUCACCCCUCACCUCUCCUCCUCUUCUCUCGUCUCCUCUGUGGCUCAGUUGGUAGAGCGUGGUGCUUCCAACGCCAGGAUCGUGGGGCCACCCAUAUGAAAUUCGAUUUCCACGGUGGCCACCCGUAUGAAAAUGUAUGCAAAUGUAUGCAAAUGUAGGCACGCACUACUGUAAGUGGCUUUGGGAAAAAACUGUCUAAAGAGCAUAGAUUAUACUGUCUGUGGUGUGGUGGUGCUCUAACCAAGAUUUCAGAAGUUGUCUAGACCGCUGAAGGAGUCUGCUUAGUCCUAGGAUUGUGAAAGAAUGUUCAGCUUUUGAAGGGAAUUAAACUGCCGUCCUGAACCUUCUUUUACAAUUAUAGGCAAGUGCAUAUUAUAAACCGGGUAGCUUGAGUCCCUGAUGCUGAUUGGCUGACACAGCAUUUCAACCCUGUGUAUAUCAGACAAUAUACCACGGGUAUGACGCAAAAAUACAUACUGUUCUAUUUAUGUUGGUAACCAGUUUAAAAUAGCAAUAAGGUAGCUCAGGGGUUUGGCCAACAUACACCCCCUCUUAUUCCUUGACUAUAUGAUAUUACAGAUACAUAUUGGAGAGGAUCAAGGUGGCUCCGCCCCGUCCUCUCUGCUGGUUCACCUGGGUCAUCAUGGGGGUGUGGCCUGUCCUGGCAUUGCUGGGGGUCCUCAUCCAAUGGAAGGUCACCGCCGAGGGAUAUUCACACACUGCG